AUAUUGUUUUUAUGCUUUUCUACUUUUAAAAUAAAAUUUUCUCAUCACAGAUAUGAUGAAUGGGUACGAAAAAAUUAUAUUGUUGCUGUUAUAAAUAGCAGUAAGCAGAAGUCUGAAAUGAAUUCAAAGAAUAGUGCACCUUCUCCUAAUCUUAAGAAAAUAGACCGUGGAAGGCCACCUGGUGCAUUUGCUAAUAUGAAACCUGCUCGUAAAAAUUCAACCAGCAGCACAAAUUCAUCAUUGUCUUGCCCUCGUUCAACACGUUCAGAUAAAAAGAGUCUUCAGACUUCACCUCUGUCUAGUGGUUUGGAACCACGAAAGAGAAUUCGGAAAAAAUCUUCAGUUGCUUUUGGUUUGACUGAUACAUCUCAAGAAUCUGAAAGUGAUGGAGAAGAUGGCAUGGAUCUAGAUGAUGAAGAUGUUGAUGAAGGUGAAGCUGAUGUGGAGGAUAAUUCUGCUGCACCAACUGAUUGUUGUUUCAAAGAAGAACUUUUCAGUGAUGAUGAGGAAAAAGAAAAACUGGAAGAUGUUAAAAGAGGUGACAUCACAGAACUUGAGAAAGCUAUAUCGGUAGAAGAAAAUGCUGAUGAUAUUAAAGACUCAUUUUUUAGUUCUGUUUGUAAGAAAAAUGAUAUUCCUGAAGAAAAACUUGUUCUUAAAAAGGAAACAUCAGAAGAAAUUAAAUUGGAUAUUGUUCCUGAAAUUGAACAUCCUGUAGUGCCCAAAGUUGAAAAAGAUACUUGUGAAAUUUCUUUCAGAAUGGGCCAUGGCAUUUCAGGGUCCAUUGAUACUAGUAUUAAGUUAUCAUCACCUGUUCUAGAAAUUGAGAAAAAGACUAUUGCAGUUGAAACUCCUUCUAAUCCUGUAACCAAAAGGACAUAUUCUGAUAUCAUUAAACCUGCUAAAAUAAUUUUUCCUUCUGUGUCAUCUGCAUCUUCAGAUAAUAAAUUAGAUAAGUCUCCAGUCUUUAGUCACAUUUUAAGUAAUCCUUUGCCUACUAGUAGUACUUCUGUAGCAGAUUAUAUGACUAAAAAUAUUUAUGAAUUGAGUGUUCCACCUUUGACUGAACAUAAAACUACUUUAAGCUUUGCAGGCUUGCAUGGGCUUAUCCAAAAAAGUGCUUUUGAAAAAAGUGUUAUUCCUGAAAAAGGGCCUCCUAAAAUUUGUAUGGUUGAUUCAGUUGAUAAAGUUGAACCAUGUAUUGAUUCAGUUCCCAAUUCUUCAAACAUUGAAGAAAAAACUAAUACAGAAUCAAAAUCUGCUUUAGAUACAUUAAGACCAGAAAAAGUUACAUCUGUUUUUAGCUCUUCCACCAUGUUAAGCAAUUCUCAGACCUGUGAAUCUAUUAAGAGUGAGGAAAGUUAUGCUUGCAAAAAUAUUGGAAACAUUUACAGUUGUAUUGUUAAACCAGAUACUGCAAAAGUAGCCCCUGACAAUGUAAAACAUUCAUUUGAAGGUGACACAAAUAUAAAAGUUAUUAGUGAGGAUAAAAAUUCUGAUGUUCAGAAAGAUGAGAAACUUAAGUGUCCUGACAACAAGACAAAUCUUCUUGAAACGACUAAUAUUAGUGCUGUGAAACCAAGUAUUCUUAGUCCAGCAAAACUGAGUGCUGUGAACAAUGAUACUUUUGAAAAGAAAAGUAAAGAUAGUUUUGAUCUUUUAGCUCCUGGAAAUAAUAGUUUUACUCAAGAACAGAAGAAAACACUUGUUAAAGACAAUAUAUUUUCGCUCUCAUUUUCUGCUUCUAAAGAUAAAUUCAUGUUAGAUCAACCAUAUAACAAACUUUUAGCCGGUGAAAAUUUAUGUCGAAUCAAACCAAAACCUUCAGAAACUGUUGAUCUGAGUAAAACAAUUCCUGGUAUAAUUGAACGCUUGAAAAAAGAUGUUGUUGCAGACUUAAAAAUUACAGAUUCACCUCCUCCACAGAAAGAAGAGCUUAAUUUUGACUUUCUUCGUGGUUCUCAGGAUCCUGUUAAAAGUCUUUCUCGAUCCGAUUCUUCAAAUUCUUUACGCAUUUGUGAAGAUUUGAGUGAUACAAAUGACUCAAAUACAGAUUCGAAAGAUUUAAUUAUUAAUGAUAAAUUUGAUGCUUCUAAUGCUCUUCCUGUUUCAAAUUCUCAGAAUUUGCUUCCUGUUGUAAGAGAACAUUCUCCUGAUAAAAUUUCUGAAGUCAUUUAUGGAUCUGUUACUUCUGUGAAAGCUGAUGAUACAAGUAGUUUUACUAAAAAAGAGGAUUUAAAUAACAGUCAGAAAACUUCUGUUAUUACUGUUGUUACCUCUUCUGUUACUAAUGAAACUCUUCCAGUAACUCCAGAAAUUAAGGAUAUUAAAAAAGAUAUAUUACAAAGUGAAGUAACUGCUGUAGCCAGUAAAUGUGAUGAGCAUAAGACUGAUGUACCAGUUUCUGAAGCAGAUACAUUAUCCAAAGAAGAAUGUAAACUAACUGUUGAUACAGCAUUAGCAAUGGAAAAUUGUGAAAACAGUCUUAGUGUUGCUGAAGUAGGUGACAAAAUUUCUGAAGUGUCUGAAGCAAUAAAUGAUAAAGUAAAAAUAAGUAGCAAUGUAUCUGAGAACAAAGAUUCCCUAUUUGAUGAUCUUCUCAAGAUAAGAAAUUCGAGUAGCAAUUUUAAUCAUAGCAGUGUUAUAAUGCGUGUACCUGAAAACCCUAAAAUAAUGCCUUCUAAUAGUGGAGAAUUAUCCCCUGUUGAAGAAGAAGGUAAUAAUAAACAAGAAGAUUUAGUAUUGUCAAAUGCUGUUUCUGAUGAAUUUUCUUUCAAAGAAGAAAGUUGUGUUCAUUUAGAAAGGAUGGAUAGGGUUGAGAAGAUUACUUUGGACAAGCAGAAAGAUGACUAUUUGACUACUAGCACAGUAUCUGAAAAUAAAUCAAGCUCUGAUGAUAAUGUUAUUCCAGAAGAUGAUGUUAACUUUAGUCAUCAGUCUAAAAAAGAAGGGAAAAAGAAAAAAUUAGGUAAAAAGUUGGGAAAGAAAGUUUGUGGUUUAGAUGGUUAUGAAAAAGAAGAAAAAGAUUUUAAAGUUAGAGAUGGGAAAAGUAAAUCCAAAAAGCGUGUGCGAUUAGAGAAUGAAGAGGCUGAUAAAGGGAAGGAUUGUGAUCUUAAAUCUAAAUCUAAAAAAUUAAAGAAAAACAAAAAUAAAAAGCGUUUUCCAAAGCAUGAUGACCAGUUUGCCGAAUAUGCUAAAAAAAUGGAAAGUAAAGAUGAUGAUCACAAAGACUUUACAUUAGAUAAAAUGAAGAGAAAAGAAAAAAGAAAAAGUGAUAAAAAGUUUCUCAAGAGUGGUAUGAAGAGUGAUGAAUUUUCUGAUACAAAAGUUGAGUUGCCAAAGAAAAAGAAAGGAAAGAAAAAUCGUGAUAAGUUAGGCAAUGAUAGAAAAGAUUUUUCUGAAAAGAAAACAAAGAAAAAGAGAAAACCACACAUUGAAGACAAUCAAGAUUCAGAUUCUGAUAAAGAAACUGUAACCAAAUUAAUUGAUAAAAAGAAAAAGAAAGAGAGAAAAAAAUUUAAAGUUAAAGAUUGUUCAUCAUCUGAUGAUGCUACAGAUAAGUUUUUCAAGGAACAGAAUAAAGAUUUGAGUACUGUUCCCAUUGCUGCAGAUGCUGUUCUAAGGCAAGACUCCAAAAGUGAUGAUCCAGAUAUGUCUUUCUUAUUAUGUGAAGAGAAAGUCCCUGCAAGUCCUGUUGGUAUCAGUAACAUUGCUGAUGAUACAUCUGGUUCUUCCAGCAUUGAUGGGAGUAGAGUGAAUUCAGAAAUUGAAAGACUUCCUUUACCAAAUGUAUAUCCAUGUAUCGAUAACUUAGAAUCAUCGGACACCAUUAACAAACAUAAUAUUGACACUAGUGCAGUGUUAGACAAUACGCCACCUACAACUCCAUCAAGCACCGAGUCACUAUUAUCUAGUUCUCCCUCUCAUGAACGUGAUUCCUUCUCAAUGAAUUAUCCAGAAAGCACACAGUCAGGGAGGGAGUCGUGUGAAGGUGAAUCAGAAAUAUACCGUUGUAAUUCAAAUAGGACUGUAAUGCGUGGAAGUGAGGAAUAUCGAGCAGCUACUACACUUGCAUUUGCUGUUUGUAAGACUGUAAAUGAGAAACCUAAGGACAAUAUAUCUCAUGUUUUUCUGAAAAGGCAAAAAAGUGAAACAGAUGAUCACACACCCUCAAAAAGGAAAAAGAAAAGUAAAAGGAUUCGCAGGUGUUCAGAGUCUGCAAAGUCUCCUAGGCAUAAGUCAUCUUUGCCUCGCAUGUCUAAAGUUGAAAGUUGUUGUGAAGAUUCUUCCGGUGCUUCUCCUGCAACAUCUAAUUCACCCCCCUACGGAAGUACUUCCACUUUAAGUUUUACAAGGUCUUCUCCACAUAGACUAUCUUGUGUUUCUGAUGGAAUGUCAAGAUAUAAUUUUUAUGUUCCUUUACAUGACAAAGAUCCUGAGAAAAGGAUAGCUCUUCUUCAAGAGAAAAUGGCUGAACUUCGUCAACAAUACAUGGCUCUUCGAGCUAAGGUGAUAGCGAUCGAUCACAAGCGAAGAAAAGCUAGAAAGAAAGUUAGAGAAGCAGGAGCUGCAGUUACAAAUCCUGCUGUACAAUCAGAAGAUGGGCAAAGCUGCUCCUAAUAUCACAUUUUACAAGCAAGAAAAUGCUUUUAUUGUAAUUUUUUGUAAAGAAAUAUUAUUGUAAUGUAUGAACAAUAAGAUCUGUCGUGAAUUUGACUGCAAACUGAAUCAGAUAUUUUAUCAAUUUUAAUUGGAUUUUAUUUUUACUUGCUAAUGAGAUUUAUUUAUACAUUAUCAGUUAUACAUAAGUCAAUCUGUUGUUGAUAUUGUUAUUAUUAUUAUUAUAUGUUAUUUUGUUAUAACGUUACCUGAAAUAUUAGUUUCUUUUUAAAAAUAAUAUUUCUCCUUUAGUGCAUUAAAAUAUUUAGAAAUUGGCAGGCUUCUAAAAGAGUAUGAUGGAACAUGAGCUGCCUUUUAGCCAGUGACAAGAUUCUGUGUAGUGCCAUACAUGAAGGAUUUUUUAAAAACUAAUUCUGUGUAAAAUAAUUAUAGGUUGUAUGAUUUUCCUUGAUCAACAUUUAGUUAUCAUGAUGUGCAAAUAGUUAGUUUAAUGUUUUUCUAACUGAAAUUAUUGUAAGCAUACCUUUCGCUUUUCUAAAAUCAUUUUAAGAAACAUAAAUUACUCUUUUAUGAAACAAUUUAGUAUAGUUUUAUGCGAAAGGUUUUCAGGUAAAUAUUAUUAGAAAUACUACUAAAAAACUAACAUGCAUGUAAUAUAUACAUAUAAAAAGAGUGAUAUAAAAAAAUUGAAGAAUAUUUAAUUAAAUACUAUAUAUUGUGUAUGCUUGCUUAAUUUCAGCUCCAUUUUUUUUUGGAGGGGGGGUAUAAUUUUAUCCUACAAAAAUCAAAAAGGAAAAUUUAUCUGAAUAAUUUAAUUUCUGAAUUAUAUGGUUACAGUAGGAACAUAGCAAAUUAAAAUUAUUUAUGAAUAAACUACUAGUAACUACAACAGUAUUAUUUAUUUAGAAGAAACUUACAUUUCUAUAAGAAUACCUAGUAAUAUUAAUGUUACAGAUCUUCAUUUCUACUUCCAUAUGUCUUGAAUUGCUUUUAUUGUUGACCAGUGCUGCUGCAUAGGCCUGAAAUCAUUCAAUGCUGUUGGAACUGUUGUCUGUGUCAUCUGCUAGAACUUGCAAGUAGUCGUCGCCAUCUUAGCAUUCAGUCUGUUUUCCCUCAUGCAUUUGUCUUCAAAACCAUGAAGUGCAUUAGUUAUCCCUGUUUUCUUGGAACUUUAUUAUUAUUGCUUUUUUAUUAAUAAUCAGAGCCCAUGUAUCUGAAAUAUAAGUUCAAAUCAAUCCAAUGGAAGUCUCUGGAUUUUUCCAGUUCUAGUAGAAUUGUGCAAUUUCGUGGACAUCCUUAUUUUAAAGCUUUCUAAGGUAGUCUUUGAAUAAUUUAUUCACUGAUAUACUCAGUGUUUGCAGAAAUGAUGUAAGUCCUGGAAUUAUGACAAGAAUGGUAUUUGUUUUGUUACUUUGUUUUUUACAUCUUCCAUGAAACAUGCACCGAAGCUGCUCGACACUAGUACUGAUUUCUUAUGUACUGUGGGUAAAAAAAGUAUUUGCACACCUACAUUCUUGUUUGCAUUUCAUAAAAAGAAGCAUUAACAAAUAAAAGAAUUGGUAUUGCCAAAUCAGAAUAAGUUGAA